UAUGCGUGGACUUUUUCUGGUACUUUAUAUACAGAUAGCAUUCACCUUAAAGUGUUCAUUUCUUACGAGGGAAAAUGGAUUUCUUUGGACGUUUCCAUACAAAUAGUACGGCGGACACACAGAAUAUGUCAGCAUAUGUGUUCAUCCUUCUGCGUCAAAAGUUUGGGUCAUCAUUGGAAGUUAGUGCUAGGAGAGAAGUAAUGGACCUAACAAACACACUGGCAAAUCAAAUGAGAAAAAAAUGUGACCAGAGCUGUAUGAUGAUAAGUGGAAGUAAAAGAGAAGGAUUCAGGCUAAUGAAGUCAGAUGUAGAUAUUAUGUACUGGACGGAUAACUACCGUGUGAUCUGGGAAGUACACGAGUCUCAAUAUUAUAACAAUCUCAGCAAGGAACUGAUACUCAGUGACGGUUCUGAAAGCCCACCAGGAUUCACCCUGUUAUAUCUUUUUUCACCAAUUUUAAACAGAGAAAUCCAGAGGGCUUGUGUCAAAAUGAAGAAUAGACAUUACAUUUCUAGUUCUAAAUACAAAGCAAUAAAGUGUUCUGAAGAAUUACAGAAAUCGAAUCUCCAUGGACCUUGUGUAAAUAGAUUUCAUGGUAUGCUUGAAUAUGAUUUUGCACACUGUUUUGCAUCGAAAAUUUGGCCUCCAUCUGCAUCUUCAUGGAAAGAAAGAAGCCAUUCAUGGCCACCACAACAUGUUCGUAAUGACAUAAUAAAAAGUGGAUGUCAUUUUGUGGCAAUUGGACAUAAACUAGGAAGGCAUGAUCAUGAACCUAAUGAAUGGAGAAUUUCUUUCUCUUUGGCAGAACAAAAACUUGUGCAUAUAAUGAACCACGCUCAGUUCUUAACAUACGGCUUGCUCAAAUUAUUUUUAGAUAAAAUAAUUAACACGAGAUUAGGUGAUUAUGAUAAAUUAUUAUGUUCUUAUCACAUGAAAACGGCAGUUUUUUGGGCGAUUCAACAAAAUACAAUAUCCAAGUGGUACUCACAUACUCUUCUUGACUGUUCCUGGAUCUGCUUUAAAAUCAUCCUCAAAUGGGUGUAUGAGGGGGUGUGUCCUAACUUUUUUAUUCCAAGUAACAACAUGUUUCUGGGAAAUAUUUAUGGUGAAGGCCAACACGUUUUAUUUACUAGACUCUAUGAAUUUUACGAGAUGGGUAUAAAAGUUAUGCUUGAAACUCUCUCGAUUACGACUUGUGAUGUAUGCAUUCAGUUAAUGUGUGAUCCCAGAAUUUUCUAUUGUGCAGAUGAAGAUACACAGUUGUCUGAGACUGAUUUUGAUGUCAACUUAUUAAGAGAGGUAGAACAACAGGGCUCAUUUUCUGUCUCAAACGUACAAGAAUGCAUUCAGCUUUUCAAUAUAAUAGAACAGACGAUUUCUUCAUCCCUAACAGAGUGCCAAGCUUUUAUGCUACAGAUUAUUACAAAAUCUGUUCUCCAGAAUCUGGUUUUUAUGUCGCAUAUAGAUAUUCAUACAAAAGAAAACAAACUGAAGUACAGAGCUGACAAAAAGUUUCGUUAUAUCCUGAAACCUGCUGCGAAGUUUGGUUGUAUUUCCGACAUGUUAUACGUAGCCAUGUAUCAUUACAAAACAUUUAGAUACCGGGAAGCAUUAGAUUUAAUAGAUGUGAUCAAGGUCAAGCUAGCACAGCCAUACGUGAUGAAGAGUUUUUUAAACGAAGAUGAGGAGAUGUUUACCGAGGUUGUAGGGGAUCAGUCCUGGUCUACAAAAAUGAGAAAAGCUGUAGCAUGGAAUAUCAAACUUAACAAUAACAUUUUUUUCCUCAGAGAACUGAGACCAGAACAACAGUCCAGCCUAGAAAACGGUGUGCCUUGCUUAUAUAUACCACCCUUUGUAAUGUUAUACAUGCUAGAAAUCUUUUGCUGCCGACAGUUUGAUUUCAAAAGAGCACAAAAAGCUUUAGGUAAUUUGCGGGCUUUAGUUCAUUAUGAUCAGAGACAGCACAUACCUCCAAUUGCUAAAAACAUAGCAUGGCAGAUCUUAGGGAUUUGUCAGCAGAUGACAGGGGACCUUCAGGAUGCUUUAGCUUCAUAUCAACAAUCUCUUAGAGAAGAUCAACUCCACAGUAUACAGAGUGCUACAGAAUCGAGAAUCCAUAAACUCCAUCCAUGGAAUGACGCUGCUAUCCAACUUUUGAAGAAAAGUCCAUUAAAUAAAUAUGGAAUUCAGUUUAUUUUUACGUAUUGUGAUAUUGUAUAGGAAACUAACAUAAAAUAGUUUAUCAUCAAUGUAUUUUUAUGAACGAACAUUUUGCUUUAAAGUGAAGCAACAUAUCGGUCAUUGUUUGUAAAUAUGCAUUGUGGUUUUGCUGCCAUUUGACAGCAUAGAUUAUGUCUACUGAAUGAAAUGCUAAAAUAAGAAAUUUGUGCUAAAAAAGAAAAUAUUUCCUUUUUGCAUGAUAUACACAGUUUACAUAAAUAACAUUCUUUUUUUAGAGUAUAAAUUUCCAAUUAAGAAAUGUUUUUAAGUUUUUAUUUGAAUAAUUGGUGUGUGAAUCUAGCGCUUCAUGAAAAAUAUGCCUGUGUGACAAGUCUGUUUGAUUCAUACACCAAUAACUCACACAAAACUUAAAAAAAAAACAUUCAUUAUAUUUACAUUUUUUUUAGGUUUGGAAGCAACAAAAAUAUACUCAGUAAUUUCUCGCUGCUCUAUAUUAUAUUUUUACCAACGUCGCUGUAGCCUUAUUGUGACGUCACGUCAACACACGUUUUUCCGUGUAUAUUUCUACGCGUGAGUAUACACGAAAAUGACUUUCAAAUCAAUUUCACAGUUGGCUUUGUAGUAAAAAACAGCGAAUGUAAAUAUUGUACAUUUCAUGUAUAUAUAAAUAAAUGGAAUCAUUGACAAAGAAUUGGUAUUGAUAUUAUAAAAAAAGUGUUGUGUUCCUAUUCGUGAAAACACCAAUACUUUAGGCAAUUCUACAAAAUAUGCACAUGACUGAUGUACAUAAAAUAUGCUUGAAAGUUUCUGGUAUUGUAUUAAACUGUGGCUAAAUUGAUUGGUAGUGAUGGUGAGGCUGUCCUUGCUACAGGAUGUUAGUUCUGUUUAUUUUGGAACAGAAAAUAAUUAUAGGAAAAGUAUAGAAUGCAUGUUAUUUUUUUCAUUAUCUUAAUUCAUGCAUGGAUAAAUACCAUUUAUACUCUCAAACUUGUUAUCUAUAAUGAUGAAUAUGCUACGAUUUUCGAGACUGAUUUUGAUGUGAAAAGCAACUUUGACUUGAUACCAACAUUAAAUCUUUCUUAAAUUCGUAAAUUGAAAUAUCUAGGUAUAAGUUAAUGAGUUCAUCCUUGUAAAUUUAACAAGUCAUAAUGCUUAGAAAACAAUGAGAUGUUUAUCUUUAAGAACAUAUGCAACAUACAGCCUACUCCGGAUAUAUUGAAAUUUAGGGGACCAUGCAAAUUAUUUCAAUAUAUCCGCAAUUCAAUAUAAGCGAAAUCAUAAAGCCGCCAUUUUUAGAAGUUCAAUCCGGAUCCAAAAUAAAGAAGAACAAACCCGAACAAAUUUAUUUUGUUCUCGUUUAUCUAUAACAGUGAACAGGUUACAUAGAAUAUGAGUCCUUGAAAGUUUAAAUAUUUUUUUUUUAUUUCUGUUACAUCGAAAAGAUAAUCUUCAACCUCAUUAUUAUUCCCCUAUCGCAUUUAUUUGCGUUUUAGAAAAUUAACCGGACGUUCUAAAACGUUCUGCUGAAUGCUGCUUGUAUAUCAUCGUAAGUGUAUUUGGGUUAAUCCCUUAGUUAUUUCUAAUUUAGGCAUACCAAUAGUCAUUAACAGCAUGCAUUUAAUUUCAAAGUUAUGUUUUUUUUUUCUAGAUCUGUGGGGGUUACUAUUAUAAUAUUACGUUUAGCUGUUUAGCCUCGAUAUGUCCGUAUUAUAUACAUGGACGCAAAGAAUUUAACAGUGAAGAAUUUUAUUUCGUAAGAACAUGCAGUAUAAAAACACAUAAGGUGAAAACUCAAUUAUUCACACCUUUGUAUAUCACCUGGUCAAUCAGGCAUAAUUACUGUCACCAACGACAGCUGCCAGGGAGUACGUCAAUAUAACCGUUAUGAAAACAACUCAUUAUCACCUGUGAGGAACGAUCAGUAGCUUCAAUAUAAGCGAAAUUUCAAUAUAUCCGAUUUCAAUAUAACCGUUAUUUUAAUGCAAAGAAUAUGAGAGGCAAAAACGGGGGACUUAUUUCUAUUUCAAAAUAAGCGGAAUUUCAAAAUAAGUGAGUUCAAUAUAAGUGGAGUAAGCUGUAUUUUGAUCCUAAUUGUCAUUUUACUUGGAGUUAACUAGAACCAAAUCUUAUAUACGUGUACUACUUUUUGAAUAUCUAUGUAUGGCGCUGAAAACUUUUUUUGAAAUAAAUGUAAAUAAUUU